AUGGCAUCUGUUAUAGUGGUCGAGAAUGACUUGAAGGAUUCCGCCAGGGAAUAUGCUCAAAUUAUUGAUGCUGCCAACCAAAAUAAGGAAUUUUCUGAAAGUUUAGGAAAGUUCUUUAAGGAUGGUUCCGAUGAAAUCAGCAACAAAUCAGAAUUAAUUGAUGAGCUUUACAAAGGAUCAAGCACUGGAGUGUUGUCCAAAUUGACAGACAAAGAAUUCGAACCUACCUUCAACCUUUUGGUCUACCUUGUAGGAGAAAUUGCUGGCAAACAAGCAUGGGAUGAUUCCAAAUCUCCUCUCUUCCAAAUCUUACUUGACACCAACCCAAAGCAAAAAUUAUCAUUAAGAGAUAGAAAGUCCAUCAAAACCUCCACCAUCUUGUCUGCUUUCAACACCAUUUUCAACUUAUUGCCACAAACUUCCAGAACCAGACUCACCAUAUUACAUCAAAUCUUAAACGUGGUUGAAACUUCCAACUUCGACUACAGUAUCAUUGAAAAGAACUUCGGUAGCAACCUUGUCCAAUGUGCAACUGCCGCCCAAGCUACUGAUGCUGAGGUUAAGGAACUCUUCUGGAAAUUCGUCAAUUUGGACACUAAGUACACUGAAAAGUCCUUGCACUCGAUCAAAAAAUUCACUCAAUCCCACUCAUUGAAUGUUGAAGAAUUGAAGUCCUUGAUCAAGUUCGCUUUGUCUUCUGAGACUGUCGAUAUCUCUUUCUUGGUCAACAACAAUGUUGCCAGCGCUUUGGCAGCCAACACAAACGAACCAUUGGUCAGCAUUUUCAAACAAUACAUAACUGGUGAAGUCGUUGAACAAUCCAAGAUUCAAGAUGGAUUACCAGCUGAAUUCAUUCAUAACAAGUCAAGAAUUUUGUCGUUGGCAAGAUUCUUCAGUCAAGCAUCACAAUCCAAAAUUGUUUUCCAGUACAGUGAAAUACCAAACGGUGACUCCGCCUAUGAACUCGAAUCUUUGUUGGUUACUGCUAUAAAAACCGGUGUUUUCGAAGGUAAGUUAAACCAAUUGGCUCAAACCUUUACCUUGUCUAGAGUAAACAAGUUAAUUGUUGCUGGUAAUGAUCAACAAAAUGCCGAAAGCUGGAAGGAUGCCAAGCAAGCUUUAAUUGACUGGAAAACUUCCUUGACCAACAUCAAGGACAUUGUGAAGUCCUCUAGAGAAAACAUUGUCAAUGCUGGUUCGAACUAA